AUGUAUUCCAGCACGAAGUUAUUUAGACAUUCUUGGAAAUCCAGUUUUCCUACAUGUCUACAGAUAAUUGUGUCUGUACAUGAACAUAAUCACCAACUUAAGCAAUACGUCCGUCGUCACAAUUGUUUUACUUCACACAAUUGGGUGCUUAGUUCACCAUACAGUUCCGGGGAAGUCAGACUAUUGUCAGACUUUGUCAGAAAGUGUUGCUUGCUUGAAGUAAUUUGGUUAAAGAAUGGCCUUGCCUGCUUUCUUGCUCAGAAACACGGGCAUCUGAAGUUCACUUUGCAGUCGAACGUCGACCGACAGAUGAGCAACAAUCUGGACGAAACGGAUGAGGUUGAAAACAACUCAGAGCUCGGCAACAGCGAAGCGAACGACCAACAUCCGCCAAUUUUGUCCAUUUCACUUGCCCUCGGUGGCAGCAGCAGCAUGAGCAGCAGUAUUUCUUGGUCUUCUUCCAGCUGUCCAGCUGCUGCACAAGCACAACCCGCCUCAGCUGCACCGGCAGACGCGACGCGACCCAACGUUCGUCCGUCGCCGUUGGACAAUCCUACAGCGUCCGAAUUGGGUGGCUCGCUGUUGCCUGGUCGAGUUGGCGGAUCCAAGGAGGCGCGUCUUUUGCGGCUGAAUGCGGACAACAUGCCGAAGGAACAGGGUCGGCCGAAAAGAUGUGAAGGUGAAUGGGAUGCUCAAGAGUCUGAGAGACUGGCGGAGGAGGAGGAAGAGGCGAAGGAGAAAAAUGAGAAAAAGCGGGAGGCCAAAGAGAGCAUGACACUGCUCUACUCUCGAGGACUGCCCAACUUUGUGGACACCUGCUCGGCGACGAUGCGCCAAACUCUUUCGACGCAAAGGGAGGCUGACCAACCUAUCGGCCGAGGUUUCGGCCCAGGCGUAAUGGCCAGAGAACCGGUCAAAGGCCAAAUGGCUCCACUGACUGGCAGACUGUCGUCUGUUCCAGGUCCGGCUUCCGGGAAUCCCCUACAGAGCGCUUCUUCAGCACAAACUGCCACGUCCGGCCAUCGAGGCUUCAACCGGCGCAGGAGCGUCAAGGCCUUGCUCAGCUGUUCCCUUCUACCGGAGGUCGUGGAGGACUCGGAUGAGGGCACAGCCGGACAACCACUUCUCUCGGAGGUCGCAUCUGCUGAAAGGCCCGGCUUUAUGCACGAAGAUGCGACAGGUAACCUCGGUUCUGGGCAAAAAUCACAAGACGGUCGCCAUGGAGCCUUGGUCGCGUCGACUUCCUCAUCUCCCAGUCACAUCUCAAAUGCAUCUCUGGGCAACAGAUCGCCCAGUUCUGACUCUGUAACACAUUCUGCCAUUUCUUGUUGUUCGCACUCCCCUUCCGCCUCUUCGUUUGCCUCUUCAUGUUCCGCCUUCUCGGCCACAUCAUCUGGCUCGUGUACUUCGCGAUCG